AUGACGGCCAACGCCCAGGCACAAAAUGACAACUGGUCCGAAGAGGCAUACGCUGCUUCUGCAUCCUUCGUAUACUCCGCGAAAAUCGUCGGAAAGCUCCUGAACUCUCUCGACCCCAAGCCAACAGACAAAGUUCUCGAUGUGGGCUGCGGCGAUGGGAAAUUCACGGCAAACUUUCUUCCUGCCAUUGGCUCCGUGCUAGGAAUCGACUCAUCGGCAUCAAUGAUUGAAUCGGCCAACAAAGACUACGCAAGUCCCAAAGCCAACUUCCGCGUUGUCGACUGUCGGUAUCUGGAGAAAGAGACCUCGAUUGUGGAUGGCUCAUGGGAUAAAGUCAUCUCCAACGCAGCACUCCACUGGAUCCUGCGCGAUGAAACCACACGUAUGUCGACACUGCGUGCAAUUCACGGAUGCCUGAAGCUGGGGGGCACAUAUGUGUUUGAGAUGGGUGGACAUGGUAACGUCGCAGAGGUCAAGACCGCCCUUCUGUAUGCACUGGUUCAGCAAGGCAUCUCUAUCGAAAAGGCUAGAGAUACUAGUCCUUGGUUUUUCCCAUCUGACACUUGGAUGAGGAGCGCGUUGGAAGAAGUCGGGUUCAAUGUUGAAAAUGUUGAACUUGAGUACCGACCAACCAAACUGACCACCGAUGCUGAGGGCGGGCUGAAGGGUUGGAUUAGACUUAUGGGCGCCCAGUUCCUGGAGGCUCUCCCCGAGGACAAUCGGGAUGCGGUUGUCAAGGAGAUUUGUGAUGUGCUUCAGACUGUGGUGACUCGUGGCGAGGAUGGAAGCCAGUGGCUGGGAUAUGUGCGGCUGAGGGGCAUUGCGAAAAAGAUCUAG